CUCACGCCCUCUCUCCCGCCGCCGGCGCCCGCAGCCCCUCGCCGGACUUUGCUUCCACUCCUCCAUCUCUCCUCGGCGCUGCCCGUCGCCCCCGCCCUGCCCGCCGCGUCCGGCCGUGCCGGGGCAGCCCGGGGCAGGGGCGGACGGGGCUAUGAGCCGGGCGCUGGCGGCACGGAGCCGAGCAGCACCAGCAGCGGCAGCGGCGGCCGCGGCGUAGGGCUCCUUUCCCGGGCGGGACCGGGACUGUCCCGCGGCGCCCGGCGGCUCCUCGGGGAGCGGGGAGAGCCCCGGGGCCGGAGCAGGGGUGUCUCCCCCGGAGCCAGGGGAGUGGGAGUAGCGGCCGGCGGGACGGGGGGAUCUCCCCCCGAUGUGUGACAUGAUCGACUCGCAGUCCGCCGAGAAGAUCAGCAGGAUGAAAAAGUUGCGGAGAACUUUAUCGGAGAGCUUCGGCCGAAUAGCCUUGAAGAAGGAAGAUAGCAGCUUUGAUGAGAUAUGUGUCACAAAGAUGUCUACACGGAACUGCCAGGGAAUGGAUUCAGUGAUCAAACCUCUGGAUACAAUUCCUGAGGAUAAAAAAGUUCGGGUUCAGAGGACACAGAGUAGUUUCGAUCCAUUUGAGAAACCAACUAAUCAAGUGAAGAGGGUUCAUUCAGAGAACAACGCUUGCAUUAACUUCAAAACUUCAUCUGCAGGGAAGGAAUCACCUAAAGUCAGGCGGCACUCCAGCCCCAGCUCUCCUACGAGCCCUAAGUUUGGAAAAGCAGACUCAUAUGAAAAACUGGAAAAACUAGGGGAAGGGUCCUAUGCUACAGUAUACAAAGGAAAAAGCAAGGUAAAUGGAAAGCUGGUGGCACUGAAGGUGAUUAGGUUACAAGAAGAGGAAGGAACCCCAUUUACUGCAAUCAGGGAAGCUUCUCUUUUGAAAGGAUUGAAACAUGCAAACAUUGUGCUGCUUCAUGAUAUCAUUCACACCAAGGAGACCUUGACACUUGUGUUUGAAUAUGUGCACACUGAUUUAUGUCAGUACAUGGACAAACACCCUGGAGGGCUUCAUCCAGAGAAUGUGAAGUUAUUUUUAUUUCAGUUGCUGCGAGGACUGUCUUACAUCCACCAGCGUUACAUUUUGCACAGGGACCUGAAACCACAGAAUCUUCUGAUCAGUGACACGGGGGAGUUAAAGCUGGCAGACUUUGGUCUUGCAAGAGCUAAAUCAGUUCCUAGUCAUACGUAUUCCAAUGAAGUGGUAACCCUAUGGUACAGGCCUCCAGAUGUCCUUCUGGGAUCAACAGAAUAUUCCACCUGCCUUGACAUGUGGGGAGUGGGUUGUAUCUUUGUAGAAAUGAUUCAAGGGGUCGCUGCUUUUCCAGGAAUGAAAGACAUUCAAGAUCAACUUGAAAGAAUAUUUCUGGUUCAACAGGGGUCCUUGACUACUGCUUCUGCAGCCUGGUUAGGGCCUUCAUGUGGGUUGCUCAUCAAAGGCACUGAUGACACAUCUACAUUGGGAGUGAAAGAAAAGGUGCUUGGAACACCAAAUGAAGAUACGUGGCCUGGAGUCCACUCUUUACCCCAUUUCAAACCAGAACGGUUUACACAGUAUGGCCCUAAAAAUCUUAGACAAGCAUGGAAUAAGUUGAGCUGUGUGAACCAUGCAGAAGAUCUAGCCUCCAAACUACUCCAGUGUUUCCCAAAGAACAGAUUGUCAGCACAGGCAGCUCUGAGCCAUGAGUACUUCAGUGAUCUGCCCCCACGGCUAUGGGAGUUAACUGACAUGUCUUCUAUUUUUACUGUACCGAAUGUAAGACUACAGCCAGAGACUGGAGAAAGCAUGAGAGCCUUUGGAAAAAACAAUAGUUAUGGCAAAGGUCUAUCAAACAGCAAACAUUGAAGAAUACCUAUGUUCACAACUGAUAAUGCAGGAUUAAAUUUACCAGGUUGGAGGAGGGAAACAAAAACCUAAUGAGGAGGCUGACACCAGGAAGGAACCACGGCCUGUUUCCUUUCUUUCUCUAUGGUGGAUUUCAUUCAAAAGAAAAUUGAAGCUGGCAAGACCCUGUUUUUCCCUGCAAUUUAUUUAAAACCUUGCACGCAUUUGGAUACCUUGUGAUUUCAGAGAACUAUGUGAAGAUUAAGCUUUUGCUUACUGAUACAUGGCAUGUACUCUUUCAGUCUUUUGUGUUUGAUUUUGUUUGAUUUUCCACUGCAGCGCUGCAUCUUUGUAAGGAUUUUUAUGCUUUCACCAGCAAUGUCUUAAAUACUUUCAGUCAACACAUUUAGUGUUCACACUUUUUCAGUAACAACUGUACAAAAAGAGCCAACAGUGGCAUAAAGGACUGUGUGUUUUCUUUGAGGGUUGUGCAUAGUGUGCAACCAACGGGAAGACUAUUUCUUCCCAAGGCAAACCCAACUUGUCUGAUAGGCUGAAAAUUACAGCACCUUGCCACUCUUCCUCAAGUGUUGUUGGGUUCUUUCUUUUUUCAUUAUCCCCUCAGACCAUUCAUAUCCAUUUAAAAACAUGGCAAUAAUUGCAUGUUUACUUCAGUACUCUAUAAAUUUGGUUACUAUGCUUAGGCUAUGUAGCAUGCCAGUUUUCAAAAUAGGCCUGUGAGAAGGACAAAGCAAAAAUUAUGAGACAUAUGCAGCUGACAGAUAUACAGUGAAUUCCUUAUGGUUUUACUCCCUUCAAGAAUAUAUCUUUCUUUUAUGGGUCUUGGCUAACAUCUCUAUGUUUUUCCUCACACUAGUUACCUUUUGGAGUAUUUUCUUGAAAACAGAGAUGAUGAAAAUGUUCUGGUUAAUUCAAGGCAGAUACUGAGGUACAGAAAUACUGAGGUACAGAAAAACUUCAACUGAAUGAGCCAUUAAAUCUAGCUGUGUUACUUUGACACGUACAAAGCAAGGUGGAGAAUUCUCCUCAUCCCAGACUGUUUGCUGUUCCACACCAAAGCACCUUUCAAGUUAUUUUCCAUAGGUAUUCUGAGCUGGCUGGAAGGCACUACAUGAUCCUUAGUCUUUAGAUAACUUUUCUGAAUGAAUCAUUCAAAUGCAAACUUUGCAAGAAAUUAAGUUGUGUGUGUGAUUUUAGAAAAGGAAGCCCCUGCUACAUUUUGGCUGGGGAGAGCAUUGUGUUCAGGGGUGUGAAAAAACCGCCCUGACUGUUUACAAUGCUUUGCAUUCAGAGACGGCAGGGUAUGGUGCAAAAAUCACUGCUGAGUUAUAGUCCUGCUCGAACAGAAACACUUGCUAGGCAAUAUUAUUCUACACAUAAUUUUCACAUCCUUUGCUUGCUGGAUGCAUUGAAUUACAUUUUAAGGAAGUCUGGUAACGCUUUGGUUAGCUUUCAGUGUUUAAAAGAAGGGGGAAAGGAUUUGUGCUACUGCCAUCUUAUUAAACUCCAGCAGUGUUUAAUAAGAAAAAGACACCCAAUAAGGCAAAUCCUUGAAUGAACAAGUAGCUACAAAAGGUCUCUUAAUGACCUAGGACAGGAGUCUACACUUUCAAAGAACUGAACCGUGGAAAUAUUCUCAAUAUUUGCACAGCCAUUAAAAGACAGUUUUCCCCAAUGACAUCUCUGUUUCAGGAUCUGCUAAAAGCCAUCUGAAAGCCACUUUCAGUCACAAUCCUAUUUAGAACUUACUACAAUUUUUCCCCUGUGUUUAUUGGGGAAAAAGUGACCACUGAACUUUUGAAUUUAUCACACACUGAAACUGCCUUAGAUGUGGUUUGUUUGGGUUUCAUGUUUCUUUUUUUUUUUUUUUGUAAGAGAAAAGUCUUUUAUACAUUAUCUUUGCUACUUAAAUUGUGUGCAGUUUGAUGAUUAAAAUUAGCUAUUUUUAGAAAAAAAAACUUGCUGCAAAAGCUGAAGAAUUUUUGAAAAUGUAACAAAGAUUUUGAUUAGGAAUAUAAGGGUAGUUUCAUAGAUGCUUCUACUUGACAGCUUAAAUUUGAAGGCAAGCAAUUACACUGCUCAACUAACCAUCUGAAGGUUUAAUAUAGAAGAGUAAUUCCCCAACUGUUCCCACUAGCCUAGCACAUUACUAUCCAUAGUGACUCACAUACAGUGUUUGCUUGUAUGUGUGUGCAUGUGUGUGAACACACGUGCACCUGAGAGCAUCCUCUCUGCCCCAUUCCCACUUUUAAGCAACCACUGAAAUAAAGUUGGUCCAAAAAUUUUCAGUUAAUUGCCUGAAGGAAAGUUCAUAAAUAUCUGGGUUUCUAAAUAGCAACUUAAUCUUCAGCAGUAAUGAAGUUAUCUCACCUAGUGAUCAUUAAGGAGUGACCAGGGUCUCUUAACUUCUGCACCUGCUUUCUGGGCACCCCAAUUCCCUGUGGUGACUUGGUUUUGCUGCUCUCCCAUGGAGGCUCUGGGCCCUGGGGAUGUUCUCCCACCACCAAGGCGACCUAGGCUAAGCAGGAUGGUGCUUUUCACAUGAGCACUGCAAAUUAAUCUUCUGGAACAUGAAAUCUGCUGGGAAAUACCAAGGUUUUUUGAGAUAGUAGAAGUUCCUUUGCCCAGGGAAUUGACAGUUGACAAUACAGCCUUAUUUCCCUCUUCCCCCUUCCAGCAGAGCCCUGACCUGCAUGGUUAGCCCAAUGGACACCCAUCAGUAAGGACCCCCAGACAGCUGCCCACCUCUCCAGCUGUUUUCACCACAGCUCUUCUCAGUGUUGCAGAAUGGACUGCUUAAACCCUAUCAAUGCUCUUGAGACAGCUUCAGCAAAUAUCAGUAGUGCUUCUCUCUUUUUCUCUCAUCCUUCUGAAAUCAGUUCCCCAAAGAAUAUUCAAAGAGACAAGAAGUACCCCAGCCUUCCAGAUGUGCUGUGGGUGCCUGGAAUGUGAUGUUUCACAUUGUCAACACUCAAAAGCUGGCUUCAGUGACCAGUAGUCUCUGGGGCACAGCCCUGGAGAAACCGUGGGACUUGCUCAGUCAGUAGCAAGCAGCAGCUUCACUUGUAUUUUCCUACCACUUGGUUAAGACCCAGUAGGUCUUUCCUGGUGAUACUCGAGAGGAUGUGACUUUGCUGUGAGAUAGGAGAGCAGCAACAGGGCAGCAGGUAUAGCAGGCAGAUAGAAGCAGGGAGGGCAUGUUCUAACUCUCUAUGGGAUCUAAUAUUAAGUGAAUGGGGAAGGGAAGAUGGUGAUAGAUAUGGUCUGCAUGAUACAGAGAGUCCUUACAAACUCAAGUUCACAGAACCUAAUUUUACAAGUCAACCAGCUGGAGAUGGCUCAGUCCUCUCUCCCGCUGGGUUCAGAUCAGCUCUAAUCCACACCCAGCAGGUACCACCCCACACAGGACACUCCAAUAGUUCUGACAUUACAUUACUGUAUGGUGUCCUAGAUCAGUUGGGUCCUUUUAAUUCUCAGUCUUAUUUUUAAUCAGAACCAUGGCUUAGGACAAGUCAUCAGUACAACGGUGAAAAUUCAAUCUGCAGUAGACAGAGGUACAGGGGGUUUUGCUUUCUCUUUGGUGUGUAGGGGUUCUGCACUUAAGGCUCCUGGGAAGAGAAGGUAAGAUAAAUAAAUAAAUACCCUGUGGGUUGAUGGGUUAUGUACACCCCUGUGUCAGUGCACGCAACCAAACGUGUAGUCAAUGCUCUGAUAUGCUCAUAUACAAAAUAUUCAUCUGUGAAUAUUACUGGUUAUAUAAUCUUUGUUAUAUAAAAGGUUUAGGCUGUACAGACUGGGGAGUAAAAUGCAGAUACCCCAUAUAACCAGAAUCAGGUUGCGUUACUGAGCAUAACAAUACUGUCCCCUACCAGCAUUUAGGUGGAGUGACUGUAUGUUACUGCCUUGCAUUUUUCACAUAAGCAAAAAAUCUAAAAGUAAAGGAUGCACUAAUAAUUCCCAUCCCCCAAAAUGCAUUUCAAUGGUGCUGCAUACAAAAUUCCUGCUUGCCAGCUUCCAUGCGGAUUUUUGUAUGGUGCACUGAGAGGUGUUCUUUUUUUAACAAAUAAAAAAGGGGAGGGCUGGUACAUGAAAACAAUGUUAAUGUAAUUAAAUAUAUAUACUUCAGAAGAACAGCAUAGUAAGCAGUACAGUAAAAUAAAUGUCGCAUUAUUUGUUACACCUUGUAAUUUGUCUGUAUUAUGAAAGAUGUAAUGGUUUGUCAGCUGUAACUGUUGUUUUCUUGUAACAUCAUAUUGAAUAAAGUGUAGCAGAAUCUCUU